AUGUUCCGCGCAUCGCUGGCUGCGCUGUUGUCGACUCUCAGCUCCGCGGCGGUGGCAAAGCGAGAAGCAGUCGGCUGGGCUUAUGUCGCCGACCCUGUCACCAAGCCUGAAGACUCUGCAAGUUGGCAGGACAUCGCCUUCGAGGCGCUGGACAUCCUGGUGGUGGGGCCUGUGGGGCUGCAACAUUGUAACAACACCCCGGCGAUAGCGAAAGCCUUUCCCUGGCGUCCGCGCUUUCGCUGCCAGGAGCCCUACCGGCGCGGUAGCUUUGGCGUCGCAGAUGCCUUUCGACCUCGCUUCGACGCUCUGCUAGCCGUGGCGCGGCAGCGGAACCCAAACCUCCAGAUCAUGGCGGCGCAGUGGUAUGCGAGUCACCUGAUGGAGCCCUUUGGGGACUGGGGAGGGUCCCUGCAAACCCUCGGUGACUCCGAGGAGCAGCUGGAUGGCUACACCAAAGAUGUGAAUGCCUUCCUUUUCGAGCAGAACAUGACGGGCUACGUCCUCGACUACGAGGGGACGAACGUGGUGCACUGGUACAGUCGCCUUUUGGUGAAGCUCGCUGAAGCCUUCCGC